AUGUUCCUUUCCCUCGCCUUCGUUUCUGGACUCAUCGCCCUCGUAAAGGGUCAAACGACCAUCACUGCUCAGUACGCCUGUGUGACCUCUGGUAACUACGAGUUGUGCAACAACCAGUGGGGUAUCGACGACGGUACGGGUUCCCAGAACGCAACGCUCAUCAGUACCUCUGGAAACGACAUCUCCUGGUCCACCACAUGGACUUGGGCGGACAACGAGAAUGACGUCAAGACCUACACCAAUGUCGAAUCUACUACCGCUAAAGGCAUGCUACUCAGCGCCAUUACCUCCGCUCCCACCUCCUGGGACUGGGAGUACGUCACGGAAUCCUCAGGAAUUCGCGCGGAUGUGUCCUAUGACAUCUGGUUCGGUACUACUGCUGAUGGUGCUCAGGCUUCUUCGGACUCCUCUUAUGAGAUCAUGAUCUGGCUUUCCGGCUUGGGCGGAAUUCAACCCGUCGGUUCUGAGAACCAGACUGAUGUUUCUCUCGCGGGCUACAGCUGGGACAUCUGGAGCGGCCCCAACUCCAACUGGGAGACGAUUUCCUUCGUCAGCCAGGAUGGAAACAUCAACGACUUCAGCGAGGAUCUGAACACAUUUUUCACGUACCUCAUUGACAACUACGGUGUCUCGUCCUCUCUUUACCUCCAAGGUAUCGAGACGGGCACUGAGCCCUUCACUGGCUCUGCUGAGCUCCUGACCAACAGCUACAGUGUCACCGUCAACACGUAA